AUGACAAUGGCCUUUUCAUUUCUCGAAGCCAUUCACGAACACGAUCAUGAACACGAUGAUCAUCACCAUAACGAUCAUAACCAUCAUGAUUUGUCUAAAAUGGUGGAAAAACAGAAUGAGGAUAAAGCUUUUUUGACUAACGAAUUGAAUGAAGGUGGGAGUGGUUCAGGCCCAGGACGUGGGACUGAUAGCGGCAGUGGUCUUCUGGAUGGAGAACGUAACGACAGCCAUCUAGGUGGUAAAUUAUCAAUCAUAAAUGGUCCAACGCGGUCGCCAAAGCCACCGAAACAUUCGCGUUUACCCGUCUUACUAUCUCGAAAUAGUAGCAAAGGCAAUUCUGAUGGCGGUGAAAACGUUGGAAGUGCAUCAGCUGCAAGUAAAAUUGGCGGUCAAGGAACAGUUGUUGCGACACUUUCUAAUCAUGCAGCUACGAAACCAGCUAAUUCCAUGAUUAAUACCCCUGUACCAGUUAUUAUUUUACCAAAAAAUGAUACAACGAACUCAAGUCGAACAUCAUCAGCAAAACAAUUUCUAAUGAAACGUGUACGAUCGCAUUCAAGAUCUGACCCACCACCUGUGCCGGAUAAAUCAUUAUUUUCACGUUUAUUUAUGAGAAAAAGUCGUCGAGGAGAUGAACGACAUAGAAUAUCAAAUCCUGCUAAUGUACAUAUUCAAAAAGAUAAUGAAUAUGAUGAAGCAUUGACACUAUCUGAUACAAAUGUUUCAAUGCGUUCGCUAGUAAACACAGGUAAAACAGCGAGUAGUGAUCAAUUAACCGAUAUUCAAAAUGAAGAUAAAUUAGCACCGGUAUCUCAUCCACAAUAUUAUACGAGUAUGGCAGCAGGUGAUACAGGCUCAUGGGUCACAUAUCAUAAACAUAUACAAACAUUAGAACUACCACAUAAUAAAUCAGAUAAAUUGCAAACACCGUCGAGUUUAAGAACACUAUUUCAAGAUUCCAGUCAUUCAAAGCGAACUGGUGGUACACAAAGUCCAAAUCCAACAGGUAAAACGUUUAAACGUUUUACAACAUUACCAACACAAGGCACAACUACAUUAAAAGAUCGUCUUUCAUCAGCAUAUACCAUUCGAAGUCCAGCAGUGUCGAAAUCACCGACAGCAGAGCUCGACGCCGAAGAAGACAUAUUUGUGAAUGAUGAGGAAGUGUAUGUUCAUUUUAUGAAAACUCAUACAUGUUAUGAUAUUAUGCCAAAAAGUUCCAAAUUAGUUGUAUUUGAUACUCAACUAGCCGUAAAAAAAGCAUUUUUUGCUCUUGUUUAUAAUGGUGUGAGAGCAGCACCAUUAUGGGAUUCAAAACGGCAAGCAUUCACGGGAAUGUUAACAAUAACCGAUUUUAUUCUAAUAUUACAAAAAUAUUAUAAAGAACCAAAUGCAAAAAUUGAAGAAUUAGAAGAACAUAAAAUUGAUACUUGGCGUGAAGUAUUAAAGGAAUAUGAAAAACCUCUAUUAUGUAUAAAACCAACUGAUACUUUAUAUGAUUGUAUAAAAAUUUUAAUUAAUAAUCAUGUUCAUCGAUUGCCAAUCGUUGAUCCAGUAACCAAUAAUGUUAUAUGCAUUUUAACACACAAGCGUGUUUUAAGGUUUUUAUAUUUAUAUAUACAUGACUGGCCACAACCAUCAUAUAUGUUAAAAACAUUAGAAGAAUUGAACGUUGGUACCUAUCAUACAAUUCAAACGAUAAAUGAAGAAACAUCUGUGAUUGAUGCAUUAGGAACAUUUGUCAAAUAUCGCGUAUCAGCAUUACCGGUCGUCGAUAAAGAUAACAAAAUUAUGAAUAUCUAUUCAAAAUUUGAUGUUAUCGGUUUAGCUGCUGAAAAAACUUAUACAAAUUUGAAUAUGACAAUAAAUGAAGCAUUAAAUUAUCGUAAAGAGCGCGUAGAAGGUGUUGCCAAAUGUUAUAAGGAAGAAACAUUAGCUGUUGUUUUAGAACGAAUUGUUAGAGCUGAAGUUCAUCGUUUAGUAGUCGUUGAUAAAACUGAACAUGUUAUUGGUGUUCUGUCUUUAUCAGAUAUUUUGAGCUAUAUUGUAUUACGACCGUUACAAGAAAAAACAACACCAACCAUAAUUAGAUAA